UGCUGAUGCUAUAAUUUAAUUCACUUGGCAUCUUUUUAUUUUCUUAUAUUUUAUUUUUGGAAAAUCUUUUUUCAGAGACAAUAUUUUGCCAGUUAUUCAUUGUCAGUGUGCUCAUUAAUUUAGCUUAAUUAGUAGUUUCCAGCAGAGGCAUGGGAUGUUUUGUUUGCAUCUGUUUGUAAUACUACGGAUUUGUCCAAGUUUUCAAGAAGUGCACAAGGCGAAAUUAUCCUAAGAAGACAGCAAAUAAGAAAUCCAGACAUCUGCGAAGGAGGCUCAACAAUCAUCCAGCUCUUAAAGAAAAAGACAAAUUGGCAUGAAGAUUCGGACAGGAUUGAACGGGCAACCACUGUCACCUGAACGCUGAAGUUUACUAAAAUAAUAGACAAGAAACAUCAUCGCCAAUUUUUCUCCAAUGGACAUUCAUAAAGGAGGAUCAAAGACGAUUUAAAUAUUUUUCCAUAAAGUGAUUCCUGGGACAUCAAUUCCACUAUAUUUCAUCCGAGAGAGCGAUUUAUUGUAUUUGCUGCGUUGCUUCACGGUCAAUAUUUUGUGCACGAUACCAACCCGUUAAACAUUGCACAUGAAAUAAUCAAGUCGUUUUUGCAUGUGCAUUAUCCGACUUAAUUUCACCUAUAUCAGUGACUGAGCAGAAGCGCAUUGAUUGUGUUGCGGCGGACUAUGGACGAGCAAGCCCGGAUCAUGCAGGCUCUCGGCGGUGUCAACCUGGCUGGUCACUCGAUACAGGGAGGCAUGGCUCUGCCGCCUCCACAUGGACACGACGGAACCGAUGGGGAUGGAAGAAAACAAGACAUCGGUGACAUUCUGCAUCAAAUCAUGACCAUCACAGACCAAAGCCUAGACGAGGCGCAAGCAAAGCACAGGAAACAUGGGCUCAACUGUCACAGAAUGAAGCCUGCCCUCUUCAGUGUGCUCUGCGAGAUCAAAGAGAAAACAGGUCUAAGUAUCCGCGGGGCUCAGGAGGAGGACCCGCCCGAUCCCCAGCUGAUGCGUCUUGACAACAUGCUUCUGGCGGAGGGUGUGUCAGGACCAGAGAAGGGCGGAGGAUCGGCAGCGGCAGCAGCAGCGGCGGCAGCAGCCGGCAGUCCCUCUGACAACUCCAUUGAACACUCUGACUACAGGGCCAAACUCUCCCAAAUCCGACAGAUCUACCACACUGAGCUGGAGAAAUACGAGCAGGCAUGUAACGAGUUCACAACCCACGUCAUGAACCUGUUGAGGGAGCAGUCUCGCACACGGCCCAUCUCGCCCAAAGAGAUUGAGCGCAUGGUCAGCAUCAUCCACCGCAAAUUCAGCUCCAUCCAAAUGCAGCUUAAACAGAGCACCUGUGAGGCUGUCAUGAUCCUGAGAUCCCGCUUCCUCGACGCCAGACGGAAACGGCGGAACUUCAGCAAGCAAGCCACAGAGAUCCUGAAUGAGUACUUUUACUCACAUCUUAGUAACCCAUAUCCCAGUGAAGAGGCCAAAGAGGAGCUGGCUAAGAAGUGCAGCAUAACAGUAUCCCAGGGGGUGGGAACCACCAUCACAGUGGCACAGGUAUCCAACUGGUUUGGCAACAAGAGGAUCCGCUACAAAAAAAACAUUGGCAAGUUCCAAGAAGAGGCCAACCUGUAUGCCGCUAAGACAGCCGUGACUGCCGCGCAUGCAGUGGCUACCGCCGUCCAGAACAGUCAGACCAACUCGCCCACCACACCCAACUCCGGAUUCCAGAUGAAAGAUGAAGAAUUUCAGCUGGACUCUGCAGAGAACAAAAACACUCUAUUAACCAACAUGUUUACUGGUUCGUCAGGUUCUUUUAACCUCCCAAACUCAGGGGACAUGUUCAUGAGCAUGCAGAAUCUGAAUGGGGAUUCUUACCAAGGGGCACAAGUCGGAGCCAAUGUGCAGUCACAGGUGGAUACCCUGCGCCAUGUUAUCAGUCAGACAGCAGGAUACAAUGAUGCUCUGGGGGGAAAUUCCAUGUAUAGUCCACAUGGCUUGAAUGGUAACGGGGGAUGGCAGGAUGCUAUGACUCCUUCCUCUGUGAUCUCCCCUACCGAAGGCCCUGGUAGUGUGCACUCUGAUACCUCGAACUGAUCUCCUCUUUGACACGGCCCCUUCCCAAACUGUGGAUUACCAGUCACAGAAUUACAAUACCACAGACUGACCAAUCAGAGACACAGAAUAAACUCUCACAGCUAAUCCAGAAACAUCUUCAUGGAAUUCUCAAGCAUUCAAAUCCACGGUACUUCUACAAUUCCACAAUGUGUUUUGGAAAGCCGGACAUUUCUUAGCCAUCACAUCAGUCCACUGCAAUUUUUACUAACAAUCUCUCUUCUGAUUAUAUUAAACCAAUAUGUUUUGUUUAUUUUAUCAUUUGAAGUGUACAUGCUCGAAAUGUAUGAGUGUUUUUCACUUUAGGUUUUCAUAUCUAAGAUCUUUAUAAGAGUUUAUUACUGCUCAUAACUCUCCAUUGUUUUAAGCAACUAUAAGCUUUAGUACAGGAAUGCAAGAACCGAUACCUACAAAAAUAUAUCCAGAUUAUGCUAACCCAUGCAUUUAACAGGGCUAAAUGCUACAGAAGGCAGCUUGGGGAAUUAAUUUUCAAUAUAAUUUGUAUUUUUCCUUUUCUUUUUGAGCAUUUAAUGUAACACCUUGUGGUAGCAUUGAUUUUAAACCAGACCAUCUACAAAAGGCAAUCCACUCCAUUUCUGGGGGGUUGAUUUUUAAAUGCCUGACAAUUAAUGUAUUUUUUUAAGUAGAGGAAAAGUAAUCAGUAUUCAGUCCAUUACAACUAACGAAGGAAGGGUAGAAGACACAUAAAAAGACUUCUUGAAAAUAUGGGUCAGUACUACCUUGUUGGACACAAUUUUGGCAAUUUUCCGUUCAAAAAUGUUCUUGUAUAUGAUAGCUUCAGAGUGUUUAUACAUCUCACCAAUCAAUACUCAAAUUUAUUACCUCAUUGAAACUCAUAGAAAACCAAUAGAUUAAAAAAUUUCUUUAGAUUAUAGAGCUCUCACUGACUACCUCUCAACAAAAUCACAACCACCAUUUUUGUCUUUUACUUUGUCAUUUUAUUUUAAUUUCUUUUGUAACACAUUUUUUAUUUUAUCAUCUUCUAAGAAACUCUCUUUCUCUGUCUCUAUCUCGCUCUUUAUGUAAUCUAAUGUAUAUUUUAACCUUCUAAGAAAACUAAGUUGCUUUGUUGCAACUUUUAAAAUAAAAAAAGUAAAUAAACCAUAAUAUUAAUAAUAUGAAUAACAUGGAGAGUAUGGAGAAUACAGUGACUGUUGGAGGGGGAUUUUGUGGUGGAUCUCGGGCAAAGGGACAGGGAGGGGGAACACGGUCAUAAAAUUAACACCAAACAGUAAGACUGUUGUAAAUACUGAAGAACAUUUUGAAUGUUGCUCAUCUUGUUACUAAUUCAUGCAAAAAAGGAAUAACAAAUUAAUAAAUUAAAACCCAUGAUUAAAAAAAAGAAAACCUGUAAUGCAUAGAGGUUUCAGUAUUCAGAAUUGUACAUUUCAAACCCUGUGUGACAGGGUUCCAACUUUCUUUCUCUUUUUUUGUAUUGUAUGUGAUUCUGAAACUGAAAAAAAAAAAAAAAAAAGAAAAAAAAGAAAAAAAAAAUCAUACAAAAUUUAUUUGUGGAAGUGGUUGUAUUAAAGAUGUUUCGUGCUUCUUUCUAACCAGACUACACCCUGGACUGAAAAGUCUUCCUUGUGGUAGUUAUGUGUAAUUUCAAACAUGAAUAAACUGUUUUCCUUUCAUGAUGA